GAGAGAUAUUGAUGGAGAGAGCGGGAGAGUGAACAGCUCUAUGUAAACAGGGUGUCAGAAAAGAAAGUGCAGGGACAUUUUCAGCCUGCUAAGGCUGGGAAAAUAAUCACAUAGGAUCUGCAAAGCAGCACUCACUAGGGCAGAGAGAGAAACAGAGAGAAGAGAGAGAGAGUGACGGAACUGAACAGAGAGAGUCGGUGACAGUGAGUGAGACAGAGAGCGAGAGAGAGACAGAGAGAGAGGAAGCUAUAUAGCAACAGAGCGAAGGAGAGGAACUAAGCAAAAGGGAGAGAGAGGAAAAAAGCUUAAUUAAUUCAGGCUGAAUGGGAGGGAGGGAUGUUGCUACCUCUGCCGGGGCUCCAGUGCCUUUGCUGUGCCUCUCUGUGUAGCUGGAGCUGUGUUGUGUAGCUGUGGCUCUGCUCUUUGUAGCUGUAGCUGCCGGUUUGUGUUGUGAGGGGCUCGCUGCUCUGCUCACGGGGGAAGGGAGAGCACGGACUGCCUAUCAACCCAUACUGAAGGAAGGAACACACACACAGACAGCAAAACUACUGGGAUGGGCAGAGGUCAUUAUAGGACAUUGGUGCAGCAGACCUGCUAAGGGACCCUGUGUGGACUGACUGUGGGCUGUGGACAUAUCACUUCCUACCAGAGAUGAGGGGAACAGCUUGAGUCUGACGUCAGAGAGCGGGAAAGACCUAGAGACCUGCCUCUAGCUGGACCUCCAUAUCACAUACUGCCCGUCCUUAUCCCCCUUCCCCCACCCCACAAUCUCUGGCAUCUGUUUCUACCACCACCUCCACUCACUGGGAAGGAUUUGGGAUGACAGUUAACCUCCUCAGCUCUACCUCACUCCUCUUCACCACCCAGGGAUAACCAGCACUAGAACCUCUGUACCCUGAGAGGCACACUACCAUCCUCCCUCACCUCCCCCAGCUGGCAUCAUGAUGGGAGAUGGAGUUGGGAACUGGGAGUGUUUGAGUCCGUCUGAGUUUGGACAGCUGCAGCAGUACAGCGAGUAUUCCACCAAGAAGCUCAAGGAUGUUCUGGAGGAGUUUCACGGUGAAGGAGUCCUCUCCAAGUACAAUCCCGAGCAGCCCAUAGACUAUGAGGGUUUCCAGCUCUUCAUGACCACAUACCUGGAGAACGACAUCCCUGAGGAGCUGUGUCAGCACCUGUUCACCUCCUUCAAGAGCAAGACAGGGGGCUGCUCUCCUGAGGUGCCCCGUGCUGGAGCAGGACUGCUGGGAAUGAAUGGGAAGAGCAUCCUGACAGCAAUGGGCCGGCACACACCAGAGCAUUCCGUUGUGAUGGCCACAUGUUCAGGUGCCGUGUCUACCUCUCCCUGCUCCUCCCGUUCCUCCUCACAGCACUCUGGGACAGGGGCCCACACACCCGGGGGUUCCUACCACUCACCUGCCUGCACCCAAGCCAAACUCUCCACAGGUAGCAGUAGUAAUGCUCUGACCCCCACCCCAGCCAAGUCCCCAGCCUCCCCUCGCCUCUCCCCAGAGAGGAUCAGAGCGGAGAAGAGGAGGAGUCCAUCACCCCAGAAGGGCUCCCCUUUACUCUCCCCCCAGGUGGUGUUUCUGAAGGACAUUGUGUGUUACCUGUCCCUGCUGGAGAGGGGCACACCAGAGGACAAGUUGGAAUUCAUGUUCCGGCUGUACGACACAGAUGGCAAUGGAGUACUGGACAGCUCGGAACUGGACCGCAUCAUCAAUCAGAUGGUCCACGUGGCAGAGUACCUGGAAUGGGACUCUACAGAGCUGCGACCAAUCCUGAAGGAGAUGAUGGAAGAGAUAGACUAUGACCGGGACGGAACAGUCACCCUGGAGGAGUGGAUCAGGGGAGGCCUCACCACCAUCCCUCUGCUGGUCCUGCUGGGCAUGGAGACGAAUGUGCAAGAGGAUGGGCAGCAUGUGUGGAAAUUAAAGCACUUCAACAAGCCAGCCUACUGUAACUACUGUCACACCAUGCUGCUGGGAGUCCGCAAGCAGGGCCUCUGCUGCUCUAUAUGCAAGUACACAGUCCAUGAACGCUGUGUGUCCAAAGAUAUCGCUGCCUGCAUCAGCACCUAUGCCAAGUCCCGCAGACACACUAAUGCUAUGCAGCACGUGUGGAUGGAGGGAAACUCUCCCACUAAGUGUGACCGCUGUCACAGAAGUAUCAAGUGCUACCAGGGCUUAACGGGCCUACACUGUGUGUGGUGUCAGAUCACUCUCCAUAAUAAGUGUGCGUCCAACAUGAAACCAGAGUGUGAUGGAGGAGCCCUUAGAGACCACACUCUACUCCCAUCCUACAUCUGCCCUGUAGUCCUGGACCGUCAUUCUGUUGUGAAGCGGGGUGAAGGGGACUCCCCGCCCAGCACCAGCCCUGACGACCCGAGUCAAAGCUUCAAAUUCACAGGAGACGGACAAGCACUGCAGAUCACUCCUCUCCCAGGCACACAUCCCCUCCUGGUCCUGGUCAACCCAAAGAGUGGUGGGAGACAAGGGGAGCGGGUAUUGAGAAAGUUCCAGUACCUGCUGAACCCCAGACAGGUGUACAGUCUAGACCGAGAGGGACCCAUGGUGGGGCUCAACUUCUUCCAUGAUGUCCCUGAUUUCCGGGUGCUGGCAUGUGGAGGGGAUGGGACAGUGGGAUGGAUCUUAGACUGUAUUGACAAGGCCAACUUCACCAGAGAUCCCCCUGUGGCCAUCCUCCCUCUGGGCACAGGGAACGACCUGGCAAGAUGCCUACGCUGGGGCGGAGGUUAUGAAGGAGGCAGUCUUCUGAAGUUCCUGCGGGACAUAGAGCACAGCACAGAGAUGGUUCUGGACCGAUGGAACAUCGACAUCGUCCCUGUUGACAAGGAGGAGAAGGGAGACCCUGUCCCCAACAGCAUCGUCAACAACUACUUCUCCAUCGGAGUGGAUGCGUCUAUCGCUCAUCGCUUCCACUUGAUGAGAGAGAAGCACCCAGAGAAAUUCAACAGCAGAAUGAAGAACAAGUUGUGGUACUUUGAGUUUGGCACCACAGAGACCAUCUCCGCCACUUGCAAGAAACUCAACGAGUGUAUCGAAGUGGAGUGUGAUGGUAUCAUCCUGGACCUCAGCAGCACGUCGUUGGAAGGAAUCGCCGUCCUCAACAUACCCAGCAUGCAUGGCGGCUCCAACCUGUGGGGCGAGACCAAGAAGAGGAGGAACUACAGCCGCAUGAGCAAGAAGGUUCCAGACAGGAUGCCCACCAGUACCGUCACCGAUAUAAAGGAGCUCAAAUUCUGUGUUCAGGACCUGAGCGACCAGUUGCUAGAGGUGGUGGGUCUGGAGGGUGCCAUGGAGAUGGGGAAGAUCUACUCAGGCCUGAAGAGUGCUGGCCGCAGACUGGCCCAAUGUGCCAACGUCACCAUCAGGACAUCCCGGCUGCUGCCCAUGCAGAUUGAUGGGGAGCCUUGGAUGCAGCCCCCAUGCACGAUCAAGAUCACACAUAAGAACCAGGUUCCCAUGCUACUGGGCCCUCCUCAGAAGACCCCCUUCUUGUUCUUCAAGAGACGCAACAGAAGUCGGGACUAUGAGUGAGGACGACACUUCAAACUCCCCCCUCUUCACAAACACAUUCACCAACCCCUCGGGACAACUCAAUAGGUCCCACAGACCAAGGCAUUGCCCCUUGGACCUACAGUACCACUUCAGAAUGAACUGACUUCCUCUCAGUGUAAUGACCACUUCCUGUGUAUCCAUGUUCUAGCUUCUAGAACUUCCUGUGAACUCUGAACUCUGACCCUGCCACUGGCACACUAGCUCAGUCAACCUCAGCUCCAGACUCAGUAAUGCCACACUGCCUUGGCAAAACACAGUGCCAGCAGCAUAUAGGUUCAUCUAGGAUACUGCCUUGGUUCUCAAAUGGAGGGAUAGAGAGAUGGAGUGAUAAGGAAACACAUAAAGAGAGAGAGAGACAAAGAGAGAAGCAGCAGAAGGGGAAUGGGAAGAGAAGAGUAGAAGAAAAGAAAGAGUGCAAAAGAGCGAGAGCAAGGGAUGGGAUGAUUGACAUACAGCAGAUGAAAGUAGUAUGGCUGUGUUGUGUGCGUGCGUGUGCGUGUGUGUGUGUGUGUGUGUGCGCGCGUGUGUGUGCGUGUGUGUGUGUGCAUGUGUGCGUAUGUGUGUGCGUGUGUGCAAGUUCUCCUCUCUCUUUGAGGAGCCUGUUGAAUAAUGGAUCAGAGCUUGUAGAGUAUUCACUCCAGUGUCUCUCCAUGGCACAGAACACUGCACUGCCUGAGAGAUGAAACGGAAAGAGAUCAUCUAUUAUUGACUGCUUCGUUUACGCUUGACGGUGGCAGCAGGGCAAAACACACAGUAACAAUGGCCUGGGAAGCAUGGGAAACUCAAACUAACAUGCAGCGAUUUUUGCCCCCCAGCAUAUUUGCUCACAACAACCAUCUUUAGCCUAGUUUUGUAGAAUAUCAAUAGCUGAUCUGGUGUCAGGUCAAACAGAUGGCAAGGACUGGAGGUUUGUCUGUUUAUCUUCACGUGGCUUAUUCACAUACUGUAGACAGGUCACCCACCAUCUUAGUAAGUGUAUAAACCCCUCUGAGACUCAGUCACACAGGUCCUCAACUUAGACUGGUUUUAUUGUUCUCCUCCAAAUGGCAAGGCCAUUGGUCCUUCGAGCCAGAUCAGUGGAACAGAGCCCAGUGUACAGGGGAGGCCAAAAGAGGUUGGAGAGAGACGUGGACCUUACUUAUAUGUAUCACUGUAGCGACGUGAGAUGAGAGCGGAGUCCCAUGUCCCCCUCAGAAGUGCCGAGUAGGAUCAGCUAUAGGUUGAAGAAAGAAACCCAGUGUAGAGAAGACCAAAGGAGUUUGGGGUGAGGAGUGAGGAGUGGACUAGAUAUAUAUCACUAGAGAAUGUGAGAUAAGUCUGUUGCCCAAUCAGAAGAGCCCAGUAGGACCUCUGUAAGAGCAGAGUUCAGUGUAGAGGAAGAGGAGACUGAAGGAGGGUAGGUCCUUACUGUAAUGUUACAUGUAUCACCGUAGAGAUGAGAGAAGUCCCGAUCAGAAGUGCCCACUACGAUAGCUUUAGGUUGAAUAAGCAUUAGUACCUGCUGCCUAGUAGGAUAUCUAAAGGUUGAAUCAACAAGCCUCAUCCAUAGGUUGAAUCAACAAGCCUCAUCCAGCUACAGAUGUCCCAGAAGACUUUUAGAGAUUGAAAUGGAUUCAGCUAGCUAGUGCUGGUAUAUAACAGCCUGCCCUGACUGCCCCAGGCCUUAGGGGUCUGAUUUACCAUAGCGUGGACAGGAACUAAAUUUAACCUGCUAUUUCGGGAGGAUCUAUCCUGUGAAACACUAUUCCUAAUUACAGUGUAAAAACAUUAGCUCGCAAUGUGAAGUGUCCAAGAGUGCAAAACUAGGAGGCCAGGGAUGAGGGCUCGCUGGCUGUAAAAUGGUGGGUGUUAUUCAAAUCAUGUUUGUUGCUGGAUGGCACCAUUGAAGCAACAACAUAUCAAUUGAAAUGGGCUGAACUGAAAAUCACACAUAGGAGUCAAACCUAACGGCAAAAGCUGAACAGGCAAGACACCCGUGUGGCAGAAUGUGGUAUCCAUCUACUAAGAUAUACCACUACCCGUAUGAAUGUGGUAUCCAUCUACUAAGAUAUACCACUACCCGUAUGAAUGUGGUAUCCAUCUACUAAGAUAUACCACUACCCGUAUGAAUGUGGUAUCCAUCUACUAAGAUAUACCACUACCCGUAUGAAAAUAUUACUGUCCCAACUAUAGUGGCCAACUAUAUAUGUGCAGAUACAGUAUUUGUAUAUUCUGGAAGAUGUGUAUUACACAUACAUUUUUAUUUUAUUUUAUUGAACCUUUAUUUAACUAGGCAAGUCAGUUAAGAACAAAUUCUUAUUUACAAUGACGGCCUAGGAACAGUGGGUUAACUGCCUUGUUCAGGGGCAGAAUGACAGAUUUAGUUUUUGUGUUUUUAAUAAUAUAUUAUAAUAUAUUAUUAGUGUAGAGCUUUGAGGCAUCCCACUGGGCAAACACUGAUUGAAUCAAUGUUGUUUCCAUAUCUGUUCCACGUUAAACCAACGUAGAAUAGACAUCGAAUUGACAUCUGUGCCCAGUGGGAUAGUUUAGAAGAGUACAUACAGAUCAGUGUUCUUCAGUGGGUCACUUGAAUAACUGUCUGGGGCUGGUUCACAACACAUUCCCUUUGGUGUCGAGCACCCUCAUACCCUAGGAUGUAGGGGUUAGGGUGCAGGGCCCAGGGGGGUGGGGGCAGUGAGCCUCCAUGGUACACUGAGUGUUUGUCCCAAAUGGCACCCUAUUCCAUUAGGUGCCAUUAGGACUCACCAGAGCACCACUCAUGGGGCGAGGCUUUGAUGUCUUCGCCCCGAGUUCCCUUUAAAACCACACUGAGCCGAGACUCUCGUGUCCAGGCCCCACUAAACAGAGACACAUGUCCAAUGACCAUGGGGUAGAGGUAAAACAUUGGUUUAGUCCCAAGGCACCCUAAUCCUAAUAUAGUUUACUGCUUUUGACCAAAAUCCUAUCAAAAGUAGUGCACUAUAUAGGGAAUAGGGUGCCAUUUGGGACACAACCUUUAUCUCUGUGGACCACAGGGUCUGUCUGACCCUGCAACACCUCUAACUAGUACGUAUGGGAAACAUUUCAAUGACCACAUCACCUCUACAAUCAUAACAUAGCAUCAUUGGUCGACGGUCAUUGGACACAUUUUUUGUGUGUAGUCCUUACGGAGCCUGGAUCGAGGCGACUCAGUAAAAAGUGUGCAUGUUUACAGUUUACUUUUCAUUAAUGGGAAAAGGAUGAUUUUAAAUUGAAACCGUUUUAAUUAUGUGUAAAUAGAUACUUGAUUAUAUAUUUUAUCUCACCACCGCAUGCCUGUUGAAACAAAGGAGACAGAAAGAAAUGUCUGUCUGCUUGAGGAGAGACCACGCUGAUUGUUGCAACCCUCUCCCUCAAGCUAGGACCUGUCCUGCUGUCGGGUGAUAUUAGCUAUUCAACCCCCUCAACCAAUCCUUUGCUUAAAAACCCAUGAUCUUGUGUAUUUACUUUGUCUUUCCCUGUUGGUAGCUAACAUAACAUGUUGAUACUUCUGUGCAAGAAAAGGACAGUGAUGGCUUGUCUUGGUCAAAUAGAGAGACUUUCCAGGAGAAAUGUACACCAUUGCCAAGCGGCCAUUUUGUGUUUCAUCAUCAAGAGAUGGAAGAGAGACACCGACACGACAUCACAACCACAGAACUUAAUCCUAUCAGACGCUAUAUCAAUCUUCAAUGUUUGUGUCAUUCACCAGUUACCACUCAUCUCCAAUUCCGGUCAUCAGAAAUGACCAAUAUCCUUAACCAACAAACAAACAAAAGGAGCGGCUUUCUCUUGCUUUCUCUGCCAGGACACAACAACAGCACAAUUGCAAUACAAGCCACCGACUUAGAAGGAGUAAAAAAAAAAAUAGAAACAAGUCAAAGAAUGAUGGUGAUGAUCUCCUCUUACUCUGUGUUGCAAUAACUGCCAUCACCAACUACCCGCCUGGUCUGUACCAUCACUGCCUAUGGUGUUAGUCCACUUCCACUUCCAACUACAUCCACUUCUAAGAGGAUUUGGUUUAGCCCAGGUUGUCAACGACGUCUGUAGAAUGUGGCCUCUCAUCAUUUUAAAAAGUAGGAGGGCCGGUGUGAAAACAUCUGUUUUCUUGUUGACAGAGUGUCCCUUGGCGGGUGCUGGAAAAGGCUGCCGUUUGGGACGACACCAGUAAGUUUUCCACCGUGAUGCAGCAGGAAUUUCUAUGUACUGCACCACAUCCACUGUUAUAAACAUAGCCAUAGUGUGUGGCCGUGGCCACUGUCUUUGUUGAUGUACAUGAUGUGAUGUGACUUGUUGAAACCACGCUGCCUCUGAGGUAACCUAAUGUAGGAGGUGUAAAAGAUCCCCGACAUACUGGUCUUGACAAGAAGAAGAAGAAAAAACUGUCAGGGGAGGUUCUCUUCUGCACUGUUCAACCAAUCCAGUAAAUGUGGAGGAGGAGUUAAGAUGGAGUGUCACCUUGCUAAUGUCCAAAAGCGGAAAUCGAGUCACAGGUUGUCUUUUCAUUUCCACUGAAAACCGGAACAUCCAGUUGUUGGGAACUCGGCAGAGGCUACCUCUGAGGUGACCUAGAGGAGGGAGUUUGAGUGGUGGUUAAAGGGGGUGUUUGUGGUAUAUCAAAUAAACCAAUUAUGAUGAUAGUGUACACAGUCUAUUACAAUUAGGAUUGUGUAGUUAAUAUCUAAUAUCACUAAUAUCUACAUUCUUCCACUGAAUUGAGACAACCGGGCACAAAAAAGUCUCCCAUAUCCACGCAAGCAUACCAUUUAGAAUAUGGCCAAUACGUUGCUGCAUUUUAAAUAGUAUUUCAGUUGGGAUUAUUGGAAUGGAGCCAAAGACAGUCUUCAUCACCAUCCUCCCCAUGUGUAACUAUUAUCCCCUUGUUUCCACUGUCGCUCCCGCUUCCGACCUUGUUUUAUUUCCACCUUCAGAGACUCACAUAGGCAGUGAGGUGUAUCGUACUGUCACUGUCGUUGGUGCAAUCCUAUUCUUAGGCAUGGGCAGAUUAACUAACAGUAUUGAGUGACACUAGCGGCCAGGACACAUGCAGUAGAUCCAUGCAUACAGUCCAUUUCAUUCCUGAGUGUGAUGUUCUACAUGUAUGCAUAAACCCAUAGGGCUGUUGUGUUUACCAUAGAAAUAUCAUUAAUAGAAAGGGCUUAGAACAUUUGACAAUAGCAAUUUGACUGCUAAAUUCAUGGGUACACUCAAAAUUGCUGCCAAUGCUCCCAUUAUUGCAUCAUUGACUUGAAUGGGGAGGCCCGUUCUACUUAUUCUAGUUCUGUGGUGUUUACCCCCUCAGGGUCAGUGUGGUAUGUAGCUAUCCAUACGCCUGUAGCACCCAAUGAGGAUCAAGGGCAGACAGUGACAGUAGCCCCCCCCCACCCACUCCCUCUCUGUGAUUGGACAAAAAGAGGACUGUGAAUCAAUAUUCUCAUCUUGUGCCCUAGCUGUGUCUACUGUCUGUCAUUCUUCCUCGCCGGAAUGUUUGUUAGCUGUAUGUUGGCAUCCUCCAUUUUGAUGGACAAAAGAUGUAUCAAAUAAACAGAGGUUGAAUAUG